AUGGCCAGCAGCUUCAGAACUGCAGCCCGCUAUGGCGCGUCCAAAUCGCCUCAAUUGAUCAACUUAAGCUUGCGACAGACCUGCUAUAGCAACAGCCUGCGCCGAUAUGUUACCCAAUCCGACAGCGUUCCUCCUGUCUCGCCGUUUGCUCCUCGCCAUCUUCUCUCCAUUGCAGACCUCACACCCUCCGAAUUCACGACACUCGUUCGCAAUGCGGGCCUACACAAGCGCACAAUCAAGUCGGGCUCAAUCCCCGAGAAUCUGCUCGGGUCGCUGUCUGGGAAGACCGUGGCCAUGAUUUUCAAUAAGAGGAGUACCAGGACCAGAAUAUCAACUGAAGGAGCUGUGGUACGCAUGGGAGGCCAUCCUAUGUUCCUGGGCAAGGAUGAUAUCCAAUUGGGAGUCAACGAGUCGGUCUACGAUUCCGCGGUGGUUAUCUCGUCAAUGGUGUCGUGUAUUGUCGCUCGUGUUGCGAAACACUCGGACGUCGCAGAAAUUGCAAAACAUUCGUCCGUACCUGUCAUCAACGCCCUCUGUGACUCGUUUCAUCCCUUGCAGAUUAUCGCCGACUUCUUGACUAUCCAUGAGACUUUCCCUUCCAAAGGAGCCGGGUUGUCGAGUUUGGGUCUCGAGGGACUGAAGAUUGCCUGGGUGGGUGAUGCGAAUAAUGUCUUGUUCGACUUGGCCAUUGCUGCUGCAAAGAUGGGCGUCGAUCUCGCAGUUGCUACGCCAAAGGGCUACGAGAUCCCUCCAGCCAUGCUGGAGUUUAUCAAGAAAUCCAGGGAGGGGGUUAGCUCUCCGGGAAAGCUCCUACAAACCAAUAUCCCCGAAGAAGCAGUAAAGGAUGCCGACAUUCUGGUGACGGAUACUUGGAUAUCUAUGGGACAGGAAGCAGAGAAAGUCAAGAGACUGAGGGACUUUGCGGGCUUCCAGAUCACCCCAGGACUUGCCAAACGUGGAGGUGCCAAGGAAGGGUGGAAGUUCAUGCACUGCUUGCCCCGGCAUCCUGAGGAGGUGGCCGACGAGGUGUUCUACAGUAAUCGUUCUCUGGUCUUCCCCGAAGCAGAGAACCGGUUGUGGGCAGCCAUUUCUGCACUGGAGGCUUUUGUUGUGAACAAGGGGAAGAUCGAGUGA